GUCCAAAAGCAAAGUCGGGGUGCCCCGCAGAACCGCAAACACGCAAUUUGAUUGGCCAACUAUGCGGUGGUGAGCAACAGCGUGGCCACCGGGGCUUUUCCUCUUCCACACUCAACUCUCCCACUCCGUCGUAACUCUUCCAGCUCCGAGUGGGUCUCGUUCAUCCUCUGCGACGCGGCAAUGGCGGAUCCACCUAGAAAACUCGCAAAAGAGGAGCUGCUAACGUACGCUUACAUUCUCCUCUACAUUGCUCUAUCCAGCGCGCAGAUCUUCUUCAACAAGUGGGUUUUAUCAUCCAAAGAAGUAAACUUCCCUUAUCCUCUUGCCCUGACUUUGCUCCAUAUGGUCUUUUCAUCAGUGGCAUGCUUUCUGCUCACAAAGGUUUUCAAGAUUUUUAAAGUUGAGGAAGGAAUGACAAUGGACAUAUAUAUUUGGUCAGUUAUUCCAAUUGGUGCAAUGUUUGCUAUGACACUUUGGCUUGGGAACACGGCUUACCUGUACAUUUCUGUAUCAUUUGCUCAGAUGCUGAAGGCUAUCAUGCCAGUAGCUGUUUUCGUUCUUGGGGUAGCAGCUGGACUUGAAGUGAUGAGCUGCAGAAUGCUUCUCAUAAUGUCUGUCAUCAGUUUUGGUGUACUAGUUGCAUCUUAUGGGGAAAUUAAUAUCAGCUGGAUUGGAGUCGUCUACCAAAUGGGUGGUGUUGUUGGAGAAGCCUUGAGGCUUAUAUUCAUGGAGAUUCUUGUAAAGCGGAAGGGCCUAAAGCUAAACCCCAUAUCUGUUAUGUACUAUGUUAGCCCAUGCAGUGCUAUUUGCCUUUUGGUUCCAUGGAUAUUCUUGGAGAAACCAAAGAUGGAGGCACAAGAGACAUGGAGUUUUCAGCCUUUUAUUCUAACCCUCAAUUCUCUCUGUACCUUUGCUCUCAAUCUCUCGGUUUUCCUUGUCAUCUCACAUACAAGUGCCCUUACCAUUCGCGUAGCUGGAGUUGUCAAAGAUUGGGUGGUUGUGCUACUAUCAGCUCUUCUUUUUGCAGAUACAAAACUCACACUCAUCAAUAUCUUUGGUUAUGCUAUUGCAAUUGCAGGUGUCGCUGCAUACAAUAACCAUAAGUUGAGAAGGGAAGCUUUGCGAAGCAGCACCGAGCCCCAACCCUCUCAAUCUAUACCAUUGGUCUCAUAUUCAGAUCCUGAAAAAUAGGUGUGCAAGGAGGGAGCAGCUCAUGUUCUGCAAUUUGCUGCUCUGCAAUUGCAUGCAAACACAGAAUCUAAUCCAGAAAGUUCGGAGUUUAUGUAGUUGGCGCUGCGUUUGAGUUGUGCGGUGUACAUGAGUUCAGAGAACAAGUGAGUAAAAGAUUGUCAGCUAGUAUAACACGAAUCGUAGCAUAUAGUUUUGUGAGUGAGCCAUUUUUGAAUAUUUUGUAGCAAACAGUAAGGCCGUCACUUGGCAUUGGUGUUUGUAAAAGUUUCGAACUAAGUACACACUUUUCUAGACAUAAGAUUUAUGUAUGUAGGAGAGGACAUGGUUUUGUGGUUUCCAACAGGUACUAGUAUUUGAAUUGAAACGACGGUCUGGAACUGUAU